GCAGUUGCCAUGGGCAGUAUCAGCAAGGAGCACAGUAUUGGCACAGAUGGAUGCCAGAUGCAUGAACGCCGCUUAAGCCUUAAGGAUACAACUUCUAAUGACUUCAGAGCAGUGAAGCGGGAUUAUGACCAUAGGGUAUUCGUGAACCGCAGUCUGGCCUUGGAGAAAAUCAAAUGUUAUGGCUUCGAUAUGGACUAUACACUGGCAAUGUACUCUUCCCCUGACCAUGAAGAACUGGGGUUUGAGCUCUUGCUGGAUCGACUUGUCUGCAUUGGAUAUCCACAUGAGAUCCUAGAGUAUAAAUAUGACCCUUCCUACCCCACCAGGGGUCUGGUGUUUGACAACUUAUUUGGAAACCUGCUGAAAGUUGACUCUAAUGGGAAUAUUCUUGUCUGCACUCAUGGCUUUCACUUCUUAAAAGGGCCAGAAAUCUGGAAAUAUUAUCCUAAUAAAAUUAUCCAAAGGGAUGACACCAGGAGAUUCCAUGUUCUCAACACACUCUUUAAUCUUUCGGAAACUUAUCUUUAUGCCUGCCUAGUGGAUUUUUUCACCAACUGCACACGAUACCUAAACUGUGACACUGGCUAUGGACAUGGCAACUUAUUUAUGUCUUUUAAGAGUAUUCACCAAGAUGUGAGGGAUGCAAUGGACUACAUGCAUGACUCGGGCUGCUUAAAGGAGAAAACCCUUGAAGAUCUGAAGAAAUAUGUCAUUAAAGAUCCACGCACCCCAAUACUUCUGAGCCGAAUGAGGGAAGUGGGAAAAGUCUUUCUGGCCACAAACAGUGAUUACAACUACACAGAUGCUAUUAUGACUUACCUGUUUGAUGAUGGCCAGGAUCCAGAUAAGGACAUUGACACCAUCAAGAAAUCCUGGCGCUCUUAUUUUGACUUAAUUGUUGUGGAUACCAGAAAGCCCCUCUUUUUUGCAGAAGGAACUGUACUACGGCAAGUGAACACAGACAAUGGGAAGCUGAGGAUUGGAACAUAUACUGGCCCCCACCAGCACUGUGCAGUCUACUCAGGAGGCUCCUCUGACAUUGUGUGCGAUCUGCUUGGGGUGAAAGGCAAAGAAAUCCUGUAUGUGGGGGAUCACAUAUUUGGGGACAUCCUGAAGUCUAAGAAAAAGCAGGGGUGGAGGACCUUUCUGGUGGUACCUGAACUUGCCAAGGAACUCACAGUCUGGGGUCACAAAAGUGAACUUUUUGAUGAACUGAAAAACCUGGAUGUCGUUUUGGCUCAGUCAUACCAACACAUGGACAGCAGCAGCACCAAGCACCCUGAUAUUAGCUCCAUUCAGAAGCAGAUCCAGAGAGUCACGCAUGAAAUGGACAUGUGCCAUGGGAAGAUGGGUAGCCUGUUUCGCUGUGGCUCACGGCAGACGCUCUUCUCCAGUCAACUGAUCCGAUAUGCUGAUAUCUACGCCGCCUCUUUUGUGAACCUGAUGUACUACCCAUUUAGCUACUUGUUCCAGGCUCAACCUGUACUGAUGCCACAUGAGUCCACAGUGGAGCACGUAAGCGCAGAUGGACCAGAUGAAAGCAAAGAACAGCUCUACUUCUAUGGGAAACAGAGGCUAACACAACUGACACAUGACUCCAGUGAAGAGGACAACUGAAGCCACAUAUUCCUCCAAGAUGCCAGAAGUCAGUACCCUGGGUUAAAGCCUACAAGAUGGGCCAAACCAUGCAGACUACCUGUCUAUGAACCUAUUCCGUUUCUAUUUUAAUAGGAAGAAAAAAGGUUAUACACUGUCAUCUCCUACUGUCUAUGACGUCUCUGGCAUUUAUAGAAUUGUGUAUUGUAUAGUAUAGUUUGGUUUUGGAGCUCCCACUGGGUAUAUGGUCAUUAAGGACAUGAAACUUCUCAGGUGCAGGUGCUUGCAUAACGCUAUGAUUCUGUCAGGUGUCCAAAAUCCAUCUACAUUUUCUACGUAUAAAUUAUUAGGUUAAUAUUAUAAAGUGAUCCAGUGGCACACACACAGCUCCACCAAUAGACCGUUUAAUAUAUGUCAAACUACAUGUGCUGGUUUUUGACAGGUGGGUAGAGAAAAAUAUUUUUCUGUUGAAACCAUCAUGCAUUCCAGAUAUCCAGCCAAAAUAAUGUAAAUAGGACUGUGCAAAUCCUUCUAGCUGGGAUGUAGAGUAGCUGCAGUGUGUUAUCUGGUGGCAGAUUAACUUGUGUCACAGUCAAAGUGCAAAAUCACUGAUCAUGUAGCCACUGUGAGCACAAAGAACCCUGAACUUAGGGGCCGAUUCACUAAAUUCGAGUGAAGGAUUCGAAGUAAAAAAACUUUGAAUUUUGAAGUAUUUUUGGGCUACUUCGACCAUCGAAUGGGCCACUUCGACCUUCGACUACGACUUCGAAACGAAGGAUGUGAAGUAAAAAUCGUUCGACUAUUCGACCAUUCGAUAGUCGAAGUACUGUCUCUUUAAAAAAAACUUUGACCCCCUAGUUCGGCAGAUAAAAGCUACCGAAGUCAAUGUUAGCCUAUGGGGAAGGUCCCCAUAGGCUUUCCUAAGUUUUUUUGAUCGAAGGAUAUUCCUUCGAUCGUUGGAUUAAAAUCCUUCGAAUCGUUCGAUUCGAAGGAUUUAAUCGUUCGAUCGCAGGAAUAAUCCUUCGAUGGUUCGAUCGAAUUUUCUGCGCUAAAUCCUACGACUUCGAUAUUCGAAGUCGAAGGAUUUCAAUUCCUAGUCGAAUAUCGAGGGUUAAUUAACCCUCGAUAUUCGACCCAUAGUGAAUCAGCCCCAUAAUGUCUGAUUCAAGGGAUGGUGGCUAAUGUUUGCGCGCCAGCUUGUUAGCUGCAGCUACGUCCCAAUAGAGUCAUAUGAAACAAAGUACAGGUAUGGAAUCUGUUAUCCAGAAACCUGUUAUCUAGAAACCUCCAAAUUACGGAAAGGCCGUCUCCCAUAGACUAAAUUUUAUCCCAAUUUUAAAAAAUGAUUUCUUUUUUCUCUGUAAUAAUAAAACAUUACCUUGUACUUGAUCCCAACUAAUAUAUAAUUAAGCAAAACCAGCCUAUUGGGUUUAUUUAAUGUUUACAUGAUUUUCUAGUAGAUUUAAAUCAUGAAGAUCCAAAUUACAGAAAGAUCCAUUAUCUGGAAAACCACAGGUCCCAAGCAUUCUGGAUAACAGGUCUCAUACCUGUAUUCCAAAUACAGGUAUGGGAUCCGUUAUCCAGAAACCCAUUAUCCAGAGAUCUCUGAAUUAUGGAAACCCCGUCUCCCAUAGACUGCAUUUAAUCCAUAUUUUUAAAAAUGAUUUCCUUUUUCUCUGUAAUAAUAAAACCGUAGCUUGUACUUGAUCCCAACUAAGAUACAAUUAAUACUUAUUGGAAGAAAAAACAACCUAUUGGGUUUUCUAGUAGACCUAAGGUAUGAAGAUCCAAAUUACAGAAAGAUCCGUUAACCGGAGAGCCCCAGGUCCCGAGCAUUCUGGGUAACAGGUCCCAUACCUGUACCCCGACUGAAUAUCGGUAUGGGACCUAUUAGUACAAAUUACCGUAGCAACCAUGCAUUGUUUUGAAUAAGAGACUAGAAUGUGAAUAAAGAUGAGUAAUAAAAAGUAGCAAUAACAAUACAUUUGUAGGUUUAGAGUAUAUGUUUUUAGAUGGGGGUCAGUGACCCCAUUUGAAAACUGGAAAGAGAGAGAGAGGCGGAAAUAAUUAAAAAACUAAUAUAAUAAUUAAUGACCAAUUAAAAAAUAAAUAAAGACCAAUUGAAAAGUUGCUUAGAAUUGGGCAUUCUAUAACAUACUAUAACAUAAAGGUGAACCACCCUUAAAUAGGCCCAUGUACGACCUGCUAAAGGAUAUAUAAAGUGAACUUCCUAGCAGGCCCUUUGUCAGCCAACCCAAGCAUACUCCCUGCAUUUUAAGAAAUGUAACCCCAGCAGCUGUUCACAGUCGAUACCUGGUUUACUUGAAAAGGACCCAAAGUUUUUGUCCAUUAUUCAUACUCUUCAUGUAUUGAAAUUAUGUGGUAUUUUCUUUUUUCAAGCUUGUGUAGCUUUAUAUUCUUACAGCUUGUGAUAAACACUGUUGUCAUUUUAAGGAAAAAUAAACCAUUUUAAGCAAGGAG